AUGCACAUCUUACUCUACCUACAAUAUUUUUCCUCGAGCGUGGCGCAGCGCUACCAGGGCGAAGAAGGUGCUAUUAUCUUGCGAGGACGGCAAUUCGAUGCAAUCGGCAACCUCCAUGACUGGUGGGACCCAGAUGUAAAAAAGAAGUUUCUGGAGCGAGCGCAGUGUAUCGUAGAGCAAUAUGGGAAAAUAAAGGUGCCAGGCACGGGCCUAAAACUAAAAGGCAAGCUCACUCAAGGAGAGAAUAUAGCCGACAAUGGAGGAGUGAAGCUGGCACUAAAAGCAUACAGGAAGUAUUUGAAGAAACACGGAGAAGAAAAAAGAAUUGAAGGAUUGGAACAGUACAACAGCGAACAAAUUUUCUUCAUGGCAUACGCAAUGAUUUGGUGUGGUAAUAUAACGCGAGAUAAACUCAUACAUCGUAUUCUCACCGAUGUUCAUUCUCCGCAUCGCUAUCGGGUUAAUCAAGUGCUCGCCAAUCAGCCGGAGUUCGCUGCUGCGUUCAAGUGUGCGGUUGGUACUCCAAUGAAUCCCAAAGAACGUUGUGCUGUUUGGUGA